CAGAGCCUUGGCUUUCUACCUUUUGAAUGUGUAUUCUGCCAUAGUACUUUUUGCUCUGCUCACCCCCUACUUGAGAGUUAUGCCUGUGAACGAUGGUUAAAGGAGUCCCAGGCUAAUACAGUCCAACAGUGUCCACAAUGUGAAAAGAUGGUUCUGACAGCCAAGCAACAAGAUCCUGCGACCAUUCUCAAAGAACACCAGGAAAGUGGCUGUCGCAUAAAUCUCCUUCCACCUGUUCAAUCUAUAGCUAUUCUCUGUGCUCAACCUGGUUGUCGUGUAAAAAGUCGAGUGGUCCAUACAUGUACAUGUACACAAGGAGGAGAAGUAGGAGGAGGAGGAUGUGGACAAACAUUUUGUUUAGCACAUCGACACCCUCAUGAACACGACUGUCCAAAACUGAAGGAACUUGAACAAGAAGCCAUUGCAAAACAACAAAGGAAACAGGAACUCAAAGCGAGUAUCCAAGAGACAUUUGAGAACAAGGUGUCCUCCACCUCCUCCUCCUCAUCAUCAUCAUCAUCAUCAUCAUCAUCAUCAUUAUCAUCAGGAGCAACAUCGGCAUCAGCACCAGCGCCAGCACUAUUAGUGAACGAGGAGAGUAGGAAUGAGAGAGCGGAAGCGACUAAAAAGACAAUUGCAGAGGCUAAAGCAAAACUUGCAGCAAGAAAAGCGGCUGCUGCCUCUACUACAGCUACCACUACUUCUUCCACUACUGCUACUGCCGCUGCCGUUGCUGCUGCCGCUGCUGCUUCGAGAUCGGCAGAUGAGAAUAAAAUCCUAUCAUCAGCAGGAUCAUCCACAGCAGCUAAACCAAAGGCUAAAAAAGCCCCACGGAUGGUAUCAGUUUUAAAAUUGAUAAAAUCGGCACAGGGUGAAGACAAGAUCCCACUUAACUCGAGACUAUACCUCCAUAUUCGAUCGCCUCCAUACCCACAGCUGAAUGACAAGGCAGUGUUUGUGGACAAAACAUGGACAGUAGGCAGAUCGCUUGAUAAAAUCACAGAGUGGUUCAAGAUUACACCACCUAUGAAUAUGCAUCAGUCCUUUGAUGCCACAAGGCUUGUAUUCUUUACUUUUAUGCGUAUCAUUUCCUAUAUUUGA